AUGAGGAGGAGAGAGGGUAAGACUAAACUUCAAUUCCUCCAAGAAUUGAAGAACAUUCCACCGCAGGUCCACAAUAGAUGGCUCAUCCUGGGAGAUUUCAAUCUCAUCUACCAGGCGGAAGACAAAAACAACUCCAACCUAAACCGGUGCCUCAUGGGGGCAUUUAGAGCGACGAUCGAUCAUUUGAGGCUCAAAGAGAUCAAGCUAAAUGGGUGCCGCUUCACUUGGAGCAAUCAACAGGACAACCCGACGCUCACUAUAAUUGACAGACUACUAUGUACCACCGAGUGGGACCUGCUCUUCCCCAUGUGUUUCUUACACUCCCUCCCAUCGCUCAUGUCAGACCAUACCCCUCUGCUACUCCAGGGAGAGCUUGACCACCAUCACAGCACGUCCUUCCACUUCAAAAAUUACUAG